AAGUUCCUUGGUUCUAAUUACGCCCUCACACGCACACACACACAUAAAUAUUUAUAUAUAUAUAUGCGUUUGGACGCGUAAACGAUGAAAGUAGUAGAUUUAGUUAAGUUCACUUCCUAUUAAGAAAUCCGGUGUUUUAGUGUCAAAACACUCCUAAAAGUUUUGAUAAUGGCAACAACAAUUCCACAUGUGUUUGUUUGUCUAGUUUAAGAUAAGCCGAAAUGUGGUAUUCACAAUAGUCUACUAAACUUUAAAAGUAUUUGAAGUGGAACAUUUAAUGCGGGUUAGCAAGUAUAUUCUAUUACUGCAUAUACUUUAUACGCACUUUCGACAAGUUGUGGGGCACCUGUGCACUGUAUACAAUAACUUCAAACUUUAUUUUAUUCAAAGAUUUAAAGAUUGUUGUAGUGUUAAUUUUUUAGUUUUUGCAAUUAAUGUACAUCUUUAAUAAUUUUUUCAAGUUUUAUUUCGUAGAUAUAUGUAUGUGGUGCAACAUAACACUUAUAUAUAAUACAAAAUCGCAUUAAAAUCCAAAUCGAAAACCGAACACUAACAUAAGCGAGAUUUAUAAAUAAAAUCUUUAUUUGCUUAUAAGAAAGCAGCUGUCAUUUGGUGUAAAAACAUAAAGUAUCCUAGUCAUUGACAUGUGACUCGUAUUUAAAUCAAUAUGUGUGUCAAAGAAUAAAGGAAUUACAUUUAUUUGUGACUUCAAUGCGUUAACACUUAACGAUCAUGUCUUCUCCGCGCUGUGUUGCCCUCUUGGUGGUUUGCUUACUCGGUGCGAGCAUAAUUGCUAUCGUGUCCCCUUCUGCAGUAUCACAGCGACCAAAUAUUCUGCUUAUUCUGGCUGACGACUAUGGAUUUCACGAUAUAGGGUACCAUGGCUCGGAAAUACAAACCCCGAAUCUGGAUAAAUUGGCCGGAGAAGGUGUCAAGCUUGAAAACUAUUACGUCCAGCCCAUCUGUACCCCGACACGGAGCCAACUUAUGUCCGGAAGAUAUCAGAUUCACACUGGACUACAGCACUCUAUUAUUUGGCCAGAGCAACCAAACUGCCUGCCUCUUGAUAGCCCCACUCUAGCAGAUAAAAUGCGAGAGAGCGGAUAUUCUACCCAUAUUGUGGGUAAAUGGCAUCUGGGAUUUUAUAAAAAAGAAUGUCUUCCAACUAACAGGGGUUUCGAUUCUUAUUUUGGUUAUUUAACUGGUUCUGAAGACUAUUACACCCACAAACACUGUGCAGGAUUCUGUGGCUUUGAUCUGCGAAACAACUUGGAGCCUGUAAGAAACAACACGGAAUACUCUGCAUUUUUAUUUGCCAAAAAAGCAAUCAAUGUCAUUGAAGACCACGACACCACUAAGCCACUUUUCCUCUACGUCCCCUUCCAGUCUGUCCAUGCCCCUCUCCAGGUACCAGACAAAUACAUUGCACCUUAUCGUCACAUCAAAGACAGGAAUAGACGAAUCUAUGCAGGAAUGACAGCCUGCAUGGAUGAAGCUAUUGGCAAUAUUACCAACGCUAUGAAGAAGAAAGGCUUAUGGAAUAACACUGUCCUGGUUUUCUCUACAGAUAAUGGAGGUCAAAUUCUGGAAGGGGGCAACAACUGGCCCCUUCGAGGGUGGAAGGGGUCCCUUUGGGAAGGUGGACUUCAUGGCGUUGGUUUUGUUACCAGUGAGUUGCUGAAAACGAAAGGAACCAGCUCCAAAGCCUUAAUACAUGUCUCAGACUGGUUCCCAACAUUGGUCAACUUGGCUGGAGGUUCUCUGAAUGGAACCAAACCCCUCGAUGGCUUUGACCAGUGGUCAACUAUCAGUGAAGGGACCCUUAGUGCCCGCAAGGAGAUUCUUCACAACAUCGACCCUUUAUACAAACCUAAAGGGCAAUCUCAUUUCCCCAAUAUAUUUGACACCCGUACAAGAGCUGCUCUUAGAUACGGGGACUGGAAAAUUAUCACCGGGAAUCCAGGUAAUGACAAAUGGAUUCCACCCCCACACAUGAAUUUACCUGCCUCUUCCAAACCGUCUCAUUUAAAAAAUAUCUGGUUAUUCAAUAUCACGGCAGACCCAAACGAAUACAACGACGUUUCACUUGAAAAACUUAACGUUGUGGAGUUCAUGCUUACUCGCUUGGCUCACUACAAUGCUACGGCUGUGACGCCUCGAUUUCCAAAAGGAGAUCCGGCAUCUAAUCCCCAGCUGCAUGGAGGUUUCUGGGGCCCAUGGCAAUAAUUUUAAAAAUAAACACAGAUAUUUUAUUUUCCUUUCAUCUUAUUAAGAUUAAAACAGAUUAAAGUACGUUCAUAAUUGUGUUGCUACACCAAAAGGAUAAAGGCAGAUUAGAACACUUCAUGCACGUAACAUUUAACCAUUUAAAAGGACAGUGACAUUUAUAUAUAUAUAUAUAUAUAUACAUACAUAUAUACAUACAUAUAUACAUACAUAUACAAACACACACACACACACAUGCACACACUAAUAUUGAGCAGUGAGAAUGAGAGCUCAACACUGCAUUGGUUGAUAAAAAUUACUUACUUGUGGGUUGACAAGGUUACCACAACAUUCCCAUGUGUCAGGUCUGAUAAUUGUUGAGAAAUUCUUGGCUGCAUAAAACCAUUGGUAGCCUUGUUAACUGACAAAUAAGAAAAAUGUGUGUGUGUGUAUAUAUAUAUAUAUAUAUAUAUAUAUAUAUAAUAUGAAUCUCUCAAAAGAGAUGAGG